GAACAGAGAGAGUAGUCAAACAAAGCUCUCAGACUGGACUUAUUUUUUGUUGUUGGAUUACUUUCCUCUAGUCAGGGAUUUUUGCAUCAGAGUGUAUGAAUGUGAAAGUUUGUGUGUGAAGUGUAAAUGUGAUUCUAACUGCUUUUAGACAUGGAAACAUCAUUUUCUGUGAGCUCUCCUCUCCUGGCCCUUCUGCUCUCUCUUCAUCUGCACUGCCACCUCCUUGUUUGGGCCGCAAUGGACUCCUGCUUGGAUGGAAGUCGUUGCAUGCCCAAGUUUGAGAACAUUGCCUUCAAUCGCACUGUGGUGGCAUCAAACGCCUGCGGUUCCCCAAAAGAGGACUACUGCAUGCAAACCGGCUCGACACGCUCCUGCCACUACUGUGACGCAUCAGAUCCAGACCUGAGCCACAAUGCCAGCCUCCUGACGGACUUCAACAGGAAUGAGGAGUCCACGUGGUGGCAGAGCCAGUCCAUGUUCUACGGCAUUCAACACCCCAAUUCUGUCAACCUCACCCUCCACCUGGGGAAGGCUUUUGAGAUAACCUAUAUACGAUUGAAAUUCUACACCAGUCGGCCGGAGAGCUUCGCUAUCUACAAGCGCACUGAAGAGGAUGGACCCUGGCUGCCUUACCAGUAUUACAGCGCAUCUUGCAAGAAGACCUAUGAGAAGGAUGCUAAUGCUUACAUCCGCCCGGGAGAUGACGAGAGGACUGCUUUAUGUACAGAUGAGUUCAGCGAUAUCUCUCCCCUCACUGGAGGAAACGUGGCUUUCUCUACCCUGGAGGGACGGCCCAGUGCGUACAACUUUGACCAAAGCGUGGUGUUGCAGGAAUGGGUGACAGCCACUGACCUGCUCAUCUCUUUGGACAGGCUUAACACCUUUGGAGAUGAGUUCUUCAAGGACCCUAAAGUGUUGCGCUCGUACUUCUAUGCCAUCUCUGAUUUCUCUGUGGGUGGCAGAUGUAAGUGUAAUGGUCACGCCAGCGAGUGCGUUGAGGAGGAACAUCAGGGCCUCACAUGUUCCUGCCAACAUCACACGGUGGGAGAUGACUGUGAGAGAUGUCACCCCUUUUACCAGGACAGACCCUGGGCCAGAGCCACUGGGGACUCUGCCAACGAGUGUUUGAAGUGUAACUGCAGUGGGAGGUCAGAUGAGUGCAUGUUUGACAUGGAGCAGUACCGGAGCACUGGCAGUGGGGGGCGCUGUGUGAGCUGCAGAGACAACACCGACGGACCCCAUUGUGAGCACUGCAAAGAGAACCACUACAGGAAAUCUGCUGAAGAGCCCUGCCUACCCUGCAAUUGCAACAUCAAUGGUUCAGUGAGUCUGCAGUGUGAUGUAGAAGGAAGGUGUGCGUGUCGAGUUGGCGUGACAGGAGAGAAGUGUGACACAUGUCGGGCUGGCUUUCAUUCUCUUGGCCCUGGUGGCUGCAGGCCGUGUGAGUGUGACCCCAACGGGAGUGUGGAUGACUGCUCUCCUCUGGAUGGACGAUGUCACUGUAAGCCAAACGUGGAGGGACAAAGCUGUGACAGAUGCAAACCAGGCUUUUUCAACCUACAACAAGUAAACCCUGCAGGCUGCCAAGCGUGUUUCUGCUUCGGCCACUCACUGGCCUGCUCUUCAUCCAAUCACUAUGCUGCUGUCAACAUCACGUCUGACUUUAUUGAAGAUCAGGACGGCUGGGUGGGAAAGUUCUCUGGAGGGCAGGAGUACCCCCUGCUGUGGAAGGAAGGUGAAGUCUACCUGCUGCCUCUUACUGAGGAAGACAUCGGCUUCUACAAAGCCCCUGAGAAAUUCCUGGGUCAUCAAGUCUUCAGCUAUGGCCAGCUACUCUCCAUUACCUUCACCUCUGAGACCGCAGAGCUGCUCCCCAACCAUGUCACCUUGCUCCUCCAGGGCUCAGAAGUGACCCUCUCUGCUGACCUUUCACCCCAGCCGGUGCUUGACCAUGACCCUGGCCUCACAUCACGGACCUCCUUCAUUGUCAGGCUUCAUGAAAAUGAGCCGAGAUUUAAACCUUCAUUGUCGGCAUUUGAGUUCCAACAACUCCUUUACAACCUGACAGCUUUCAGAAUCAGCAAUGCCGGAGGACAAAACUACACAUCGCAGCUUGCGCGGGUCACCCUGACCUCAGCUUUCAUCUCCUCUGGUCCAGCUAACCCUCCUGCCCCAUGGGUAGAAUUUUGUUCCUGUCCCCUGGGUUUCGUGGGCCAAUUUUGCGAGCAGUGCGCCCCAGGAUUCACCCGGGAAGACCCAAGCAGAGGGCCUCUCUCAACAUGUGUGCCGUGCAACUGCCACCAGCAUGGGACUUGUCAUCCAGAGACAGGUGUGUGUGAGUGCUCACACUCCACCACUGGGAUGACCUGUGAGCACUGCCUGGACGGGUAUUACGGCAACCCUUUGAUUGGCACGGCCGGUGAUUGUCAGCCUUGCCCUUGCCCGGACCAUACCAGCUGUGCCGAAAUCGCCGCAACAGGACAGGUGGUCUGUACCAACUGCCCUGCAGGACAAACAGGGAUGCGCUGUCAGAUGUGUGAAGAUGGUUACUAUGGGGACCCUCUGGGACAAUCUGGGGCAGCUCGAGCAUGUGCGAGAUGCGACUGCAAUGGCAACGUGGACUUCAACGCGCUGGGAAUAUGUGACCACAUCACCGGGCGAUGCCUGAAAUGCCUGGGACACACAGAGGGCGACCACUGCCAGCACUGCCAGCGGGGCUUCUACGGCGAUGCCCUGAACCGCACAGCUGGCCAGAAGUGCAAGCCAUGCAACUGCAAUCCAGGUGGAACCUCUGGGAAUUCAAAUGAAUGCCACCCUCAGACAGGAAACUGCCACUGCCUCGAUCACGUGACAGGACGGGAUUGCAGUUAUUGUGAAGUUGGCUUCUUCAACCUCCAGCCAGGUGUAGGAUGUGAGAGGUGCAAGUGUAAUCCGAUUGGCUCAUCGUCCAUCGCAUGUCAGCCAAUCACAGGGCAGUGUGUGUGUCGUGCAGGAGUGGAGGGGAGACUGUGUGAUUCUUGUCGUGCUGGCUUUUUUGGAUUCUCAUCACGAGGUUGCAGAGCCUGUAACUGCGACCCAAUGGGCUCCAUUUCCAUGCAGUGUCACAGUAACGGUACCUGCCACUGUCGGCAGGGCUUCGUGGGUUAUAAGUGUGACAAAUGUGAGUUGAACUAUUUCCACAACCAUGCCACACACCAGUGUGAGGAGUGUCCAGUUUGCUACGGCCUUGUCAAGAAACAGGCAGAAAAGCUGAGGACUCGCCUGCAGGAUUUGGAGAAGCUGCUGGCUCACUUUGAUUGCCGAGGUAGAUUUGGGAAGCAGCACCACCUGCUGAAGUAUCACAUGGCCAGGCUUUAUGAGCAUGAGCACCAGAGGGAAGAUACUCUACCCAAUGCUCUGGAGGAUUUUCUGGCCUUCCAAGAAGCACGGGAGGCCUUCAUAAAACAAUUUUCCUUGCAGGAAGCUUCCACAGGCACACUCUUAGCCCAGCUGCAUGGCAUUACAUCUACUUUGAACUGCAGCAUCAGCAUGACAGAGGAAGAGGGGAAGGAGAGGAGGAAGGAUGAAGGGAGCAGGGGUGUGUGUCAGACCUUCACAGAGACUAUGUCCACGGUCAGAGCAUCUCAGAAACAGCUACAGCAAGCAACUCUGGAUCUGGACAAUGUGAUCUUUCCUUUUGAGGUCGUGUCAGGACCCAACAAAUGGAACAUAAUGGUCAAUGACUCACAAGCUCUAAUGAGAAGUCACAGAGAAACGGCAGACCACAUUGAGGCCAUAGCCAGCAGGGCAGUAAGAGCCUCGGAGCAGACCUUCACUUUCCUGAUGGAUCUACUGCAGGACAACUCCACCGAGGAGUACAUCAGGAACCUAACGGAGCAGAUAACACAAAUGCAGCAGCACAAGGAGAACCUGACAGUGCAGGUGAAUGAAACUGUAGCCAAACAGCUGGCCCUGGAGGAGAAAGCUGCUGGUUUGAAGCUCGCCCUGGGUAACAUCACAUCAUCCUUACAUCAGCUGGCUCUGACAGAUGCCAGCCCAUCACCAGAGGCCGACCAAACACAGCUCAACCAAGCACACCCAACCAACCAUAAACCAGAGUGGGGCGAGGACCUGCUGAAACGGACAGAAGAGCUGGAGCAGCAAAUACAGACCAAAGACAAUCACAUCACUAAGAUGAGAGAAGAGAUGGAGCCUCUAAAACAGACUGUCAAUAAGAAGCUGGGGAUGGUGGACGACAUCCGUGAGCUGCAAGCUCGCGCUCAAGGGGCAAAGGUCGCGGCUUUGUCGUCCGUGGUGAGAGGGAAAGAGGUGGAAUCUGAUGCCAUCACCCUGCACAGAGAACUGGAACACAUGGUGAAGGAAUGGCCCCGUCGGCAGGCCCAGACCAAGGCUGCAUUGAAGAAAGAAAGACUACUGGAGGAAAAGGUUCUAGCUGAUGUCAGGAAAAAAUUCUCACAGAUUGAUAAGAUUUUAAAACCAGCUCUGGUCAACUCCAGCCUCUCCAGCAACACCACGAAGGAGGCGGAGCAAACAGCACAUGCUGUGGCAAAGGAAUCCAAAGCCAUUCUGACCCAGGCCAAGCACACCAGGACUGCAUCUGCUCACCUUAGCUCCCAUAUAGACUCUGCUUUACAACAGCUGGCUGAGCAGGAGAUGCAAACUGACACAGCCAACUCCCAGAUCACCUCAGAGCCGGAGGUGUCCCUGACCGGCGUUAAGGAAGACAUGGAAGCAGCCAAGCUCCAGUUAAAGGCCUAUUCUGAUACACUAACUGAGCUAAUCAGCAAGAUUAAUGGGAACGUGCCGCUGGAUCGCUUUGACCGGAUCUUGGACGAGACAGCCCGCCGCCUGAGCAUGCUUCGCGGGAGUGUGGAGAGCCCGACACUGAGCUUGAAGAUCCAGAAGCUGCAUUCGGCCGCUAAGGACCAGCGCAGCCAGAUGUCCCUCAUCGAGCAGGACUUACAGGAGAUCACAGAGGAGAGAGACAGUCUCAGGGACAUUGCUUUAAACCUGCCUCAGUCCUGCCCACAGGCCACAGGAGCAGGUAAGGGCUAGAUACUGUAGAUGGCAGGGAAAAGACAGCUGAAUAUCAGAAAAGUCUGGGGGCAUUUUGUUAAUAAAAGGGGCCGUGGUCAUUUUUCAUUCUGCUUCAAAGAAAAAGAAGUCAGUUAUAUCCUUUCAUAUUCUUCCAUCUCCCCGCCUUUAGCCCCAAGGUACAAUUUAUUUUACCACCUCAACACACUCACACAUUCCCACCAAAAGCCGCAGACUUCUUCACUGUCUCCCAUGAUUUAUACCUAAUCCACCUUUUAUUUUCCCUUAAUUUUUUUCUCCCGUUCUCUUUUUUUUUUUUUUUUUUGCCAACAACAUCCGAACUUUAAUUUCACCAUGAAUAAUAAGCAGCCGUUCUGAACUGCUGGAGUGCCCCGUCAAGUUUAAAAUAAUGCUGAUUUUCCUUUGCAGGGGUAAAAGGUGUGUCUGAGUGCUCCUCCAGACUGACACAUUCAUUUACACUUGAGCUCUUUUUCAUCAGCCUGGCUUAAUUAACAAUUAGUCCCCUUGGCCUCAGUGGGGUUCAGGUCAGGCUUCAACAGCACACAACCUGUGUUCGGGAUUCUUACAGUGCCUACCUCUGUGUUUUUGUGGUUUCUUCAUUUUUCUUUCUCUGCGUGUCACUAUCAAGUAUCUGUCAAAUACCCUUUGAUUUGGGGUCACGGUUUAAGUCACACUGUCUGGCUCCUGGGGACCAAAAUGUAAAAGCUAAUGAUCUUUGUAUUGCAAAUAUGACUCAUGAAGUGAUGGUAUUCCAGAUUAUGUAAGAGACACAUUUUCUGUUUUUAUAAUGCUGAAUAACUGAUCAGGAAUCAGAUUUUGUUUAAUGGUCUCAUCCAUGUGUUUCAGUUAUACCUCUACAUCUACUUAUAGUAAUUCAAACUAUGUUCUGAGUAUGUAAGACCUUCACAUAGAAACCGUUACACACAAUAAAAUAUACUUGAAAGGGCCAUUUUACAUACUAAAAUGUCUCUAACUUUUAAUGGACACUAUUGUAUGAUAAUGCAAUGCACAAUGGGAAUGAAGGAGCUGCUCUCAGCUGAUAAAAAGCUUUACUGUUAGGUGUUGGUUCAAGGAAUUCUAAGAAAACAAUAAAUUAAGUAUUUAAUCCUCAGAAAA